AUGAAAACAACGUGAUUUUGAUGUUAUUCAGGAACAGUAAAAGUGAUGCAAUCUUGUAUUUAAAAUUCGUUUUUCUGAAACAAUAGUACAAUGUCUCGAAAAUCAUUAAUUGACUUUGUAGUAAAAUAUCACAAGCCACGUCUAUUAAACAACGUGGUAUGUUUUCCAAGUAAUGGCAAUUCAUUUUUCGGAAGGCGAUUUUUGAUCCCAACUGCUGUAUCAACGCCAAAAAUGCAAUCACCAAGAAAUUUCAGUACCUCAUAUUCAAAACUAAACGAAGUCCAGCUUACUAACGAGCCAAAGAAGACUGACGGAAAGUUUCAGUUGAUGUUUACAUGUAAAAAAUGCAAUACUCGUAAUUCAAAGUUCAUUACAAAACUAGCGUACUACAAAGGUGUUGUAAUUGUUAUAUGUGACGGUUGCGAUAAUAAACAUCUUAUUGCCGAUAAUCUGAACUGGUUCACCGAUAUGAAUGGAAAGAAAAAUAUUGAAGAUAUCAUGGCAGAAAAGGGGGAGACUGUACAGAAGAUUAUGUCAAAUGAUUUAGAAUUUAUAGCCAAUGAAAUUGUUAGUAAUAUUGAAAAGAAAGCAUUAGAUGGAUAGGUUUUUUAUUUUAUUUGAAAUAAAUUAAUGUAAAGUGUAUAAAAUGUAAGUUAACAUACAGAAAAGAGAAUUUUCUAAACUUAAACAUGUGGUUAUAAUUAAAUGUUAUUCAAGCUUUUUAGUAGUUCAGGGUUGUUGACUUCUUAUUCUACUUUUUAUAUUUCACUGAAAGUUAUUGCAACUAUGGAAUUAAAAUUUUGUUUCUGAUAUAUUUAUUAACAUUUUACAUAAAUAUGUUAUAACAAUAAAUUUAGUUAAGUCAUAUUAUGCUGCAUAUAAAUCAUAAUUAUUAGUCCUGUAUACAUUUUUACUGAAUUGUUAAUAAUUGUGAAGAUCUGAUUGAUACUGAUAUUAGUUCUUAAAAAAAAUAUCAUCAACUUCAAAUCAUUACAAGGUUAAAAUGGAUAGUUUUUAUUGCUAUCUUUAAUAAUUAAUACUUAUUUAACUAUGUCCCUUCAAGGUCUCUACAAUUAAAACAAUUUUAUUAGUGAACUGAAUACAUUGAGGUAAUUAAAAUAAAACAUUAAUUUAAUGAUUACAUGACUUAUUUUAUUUUAUUAUAUGGCUGACAUAGUAAAAA